UUAGAGUUUUUAAUUUGCCCCUCUUAUCUCUGCUGUCUCGCGUUAGCAAACUAGUAUUUUGUUCAGUUCAGACUACAUUCAGCCCUCCUUAGUGUUUGUGCUCAACGCCGGCUAGCAUGCAGCAGAUGUGUGAUGCUCACGCUCUCAUCCUGCACUAGUCCAUUUGCCUUGGACGAGCAGAUGUGCGCGACCAAGAUGUCGUGCACGCAGGAACACUGACGACCACGUGGCCGGACACAGGCAGAUUUUUUUGAGUUUGAGCAGCCGAAGACGGAAGUAAUAAUUAUUAGUUCCUCUGUAUUGGCCAUCGAUCAUCGCGAGUAGAGAUAACUACGGAAUAUUAUACGGUUUAUUUAUUAUCAGCAAUGUUGUAGACAGUAACCUGGACCACCACGUGAUUACUUGUCUGCGAGCACAGUAGGUGACAGUACAGUAGGCGACGGUACAGGCGGCGCUGCAUGCAUUCAUGUGCACGCCAUCACUGCACUCGCUCAGCCUCAGCGUGUCAACCAGCGUCCAGAGCAGUUGAUGAGUCCAGUGGCGUAGACAGCAGCCCAACUUCACAAGUGCCGCAAUGUCCAACAAAGCGAUGACCAAACACGUUGAGGAUUGCACCAACACUGGCAACAGCAUACUUCUGCCACCACACAACAGCACACGCACUCAGAACAGCAUGGAUGAGAACGUGGCUAGCAGUUCAGCAGCCGAAAAACUCUCCCGGCUACGGAGAGCCGCGAUUGUGCUUUGCAUGUGGCUGGCAAUGGCUUGUGCGCCGCUGAACCUGACGGCGAUCAAACCGUUCUUCUUCACCGAUGCCCUGGCCAAGCACCCAACAGGUGGUUUGUCAUACCACACUGCGGUCGGCGGCGUGUUCAGUAUGUCGGCUGCGUCCGUGGUGGCAUGCGCGCCAUUCGUCAUCUAUGAUCUGCCUAACAUGGGCAGUAAGCACAUGAUGUUGUUGGCGUUGAUACUGCAAGGCUCCGCCACGGUUCUGUUCUCCGCGUUGAAUCGCAUCUCGGACUGGCGCGUGUUUCUAGUCUACUCUUACAUACUUGAGCUCGUCAAGGGCUGUGCGUAUAUGGCAAUAACUAUUCCCGGCAUGACCUACCUGACGAGAAUGUACCCGGACAGCUUAGGUUUCGUGAGCAGCUGUUCGCUGUCAAGUCUGGCAACGGGUCACUCUGUCGGUAACUUACUUGCCGGCGGCUUGCAUGACAUUGGCGGUUUCAUGUUGCCAUUUAUUGUGAUCGGUUCUUUCACCUUGCUGGUAUCACUAUGUGUUGUGCUUGUUGUUGUGGAUAUUGACAUGUUGGCUGAUCAGCACACAGGCGUCAUGGAGAAGCAUAUUGGAAUGUUUUCAAUACUGCGACUGCCAUGGAUUUGGUUUCUGAUUGGCCUGACAAUUGCGACUAACAUUGCUGGUAGUGCGUGUGAGGCCACUCUAUCGGUGAAGGUCAAGACCGCGUUUGACGUAGGCUCUGUUGUGCCUGGUUCUGCGCUGGCAUUGCUGAUUGUGCUUAAUGCUCCGCUUGCACCGCUAGUUGGAUACCUGCUGGAUCGCAAUGUCAGCGGCUAUGUGUUGAUCCUGUUUGGCUUGGCCUUGAUCUCACUCGGCUGUUUCCUCGUGGGCCCAUCGGCAUUUACAAAGUUGUCCCAAUCGUUGGCAUUGGUGUUUGUGUCGAUGUUUCCUCUCAGUAUCGGUCAUGUCCUAAUGAAUGUAUCCUGUCCGUUUGUAAUCUCCCACUACUUGCAGGACAUCGGCAUGGGUACAGUUUCAGAAACUCGCGUGGCCGUAGUCGGUCUUUUUCGUAUAUUCAUCGGCGUUGGCUUCAUAGUGGGUCCGCUUUUAACAAGUCCUCUGGUUGCUGCGCUAGGCUUUCCAGCAGCUUUCACCAUCAUUGGAUUUGUGUACAUUGGCUUUGUAGGUAUUCUAGUCGUAAUAAAAUGGGGUAGCCGUUUAGUGUCUACAUUGAGAAGUGGUUUCAGCAGAAGCAUGACAGGUGAUCAGCUAGCUGAUACUAAAAGCAGUGAAAUCCACCGAGAUACAGAGUUGCUGCCGCUCAGUCGUUGAGCUUUUGCUACAUGUAUUAGCCAUGUUUCAUUUUAUUCUACAGUAGUCAAAACAGUGGAACCUGUCUAAGACGUCCGCUCAUGGGACCUUCAAAACGUGGUCUCUGUUACCAGGUGGUCUCCUUAUGCAGGGUCAUUUGACUGGAAAUAGCAUCUCUUGGUGCUGGUUUCAGUGGUCUUCUGGGACAGGU